AUGAUUGAAAAACAUGGUGUGCGAUGUUUUGAGCUAUCGAGGAAACUUGCUGAAGAAACCAACAUAUACAAAGGUAUCACACUCCUCUUCAAUAAUCCCGUAGAUAAUAGAAAACCCAAAGAAAGAUGGAGACUUUAUCAUUUUAAGGAUGGUGAACCACUGAAAGAGACACUUUGCAUUCAUUACCAAAUUUGCUACCUCUUUGGACGUGAGAGAAAGAUCCGACAUUCCUACUAAUCACACAUUUUG